UGGAGCAGGCCAGAUUUGCCCACGCUAUUUGACCGCAAGCAUGUUGGUUGGGGGAGAAGUUGGGAAUCCCAUUUUUGUUCAGCUCUUUUUCUUGAUUCAUUCACUUCAUCUCUCUCUUUCCCUUUUCUCUGUUGUAAAUUGCAGUCCAAGUUCUUCACUUUCCACAACAAUCAAACUUACCCAGUUGGAAUUUACCUCCAAUUAUUUUCUGGGUAGCAGAGAUUUGGGUUCCUGAAAGAAAAGGAAUAGUGGGUUGGUGAGCUUUCUUCUUAUUGUUUUUUGGGUGAUGAGUUUUUUAUGAAAGGAAAGAUGGGGUUUUUUCUCUGACCCAGUAAGAAUCUGAUACUUUUUCUGGGUUUUGAGAGGAAUAAUCAAAUGAGGGAUUUUCCUGGGACUCCUGGGACUUUGACUGGCCUUCUUCUCAGGAUUUCCCAAUGCGUCUUUGCUGCCGGGUCCAUUGCUUCCAUGGCCACCACUGCCAGCUUCUUCAAUUUCACUGCUUUCUGCUACCUGAUUGCUUCAAUGGGUCUGCAACUGAUCUGGAGUUUGGUACUUGCAUUGCUUGAUGCAUAUUCCUUGGUGAAAAAGAAGGUCCUGCACAACCCUGUAUUGGUUAGCCUCUUUGUUGUUGGAGACUGGGUUACAGCAACAUUGUCUCUUGCAGCAGCUUCGGCCUCAGCGGGCGUAACCGUGUUGUACUUUAGUGAUCUGAAUGACUGCAAUUACGGAAGGGAAUGCCAAAAAUACCAGAUGGCAGUUGGUUUGGCGUACCUGAGCUGGGGAUGGUUGCCCUUGGUGCGAAUGACUCCCAAUCAUUGAUACAAGUGUAGAUCCAACUGCAUCAAUGGCUAGGAACCUGGGAGUCAUAUACAUGCAUGGACGACUCGCCCAAGCAUUCCUCUUGUAUGUCUUUUGCAGGUGUAUUUAGUGGUUUUGGCAAAAUCCUUGGUGUUCUCUUGAUAUUGGAGGAUAUACUGUGGUUGUUGACUACUUGGUUGUUAGAUUUUUGGCAGAACUUUCGGUUUUCAUUCAUUAAUUGUAUAUUAUAUAUCGGAAUAUAAUAAAGUUUUGACAGAUGUUGUGGGAUAAGUGGCAGCAAGAGAAGUAUCAUUUGAAAUUGCAUCAAGAAGCAAAAUGAUUACAAAAAAAGUCAGUGGAAGCAGAGAUUGUUGGGUUAGUUGUUGGAUAGGGUCCACUGUCAGUGGCAGGUGAAAGUAUGCUAUCAGCCUAUCAGCCACUACUUUAACCCAUUUGUCUGUCCAAAAUUAGAUUCAGAGGCUAUAAUUAAUCAUGACCGGCAGAAGCUACUCAACAAAAUGAUUCCCACAUUGGAAGAAGUAUAAUGUAUGUAAAUCUGAAAGAUGAAUGUAGCAAGUGUUGUCUCUUUCA